AGGUCGAAAUACUUGAAAAUAAAUAUUGCAAUCCGAAUGGAAAGCUGUGUGCAUUUAGUAUUUAAACUUUUCAGGACCUUUUAGGUUCUUUAAUUCCAAUGUUUACAUUCUGGAAUUCAUUUAUUUAUCGUGUUGUUGGUUCUCUGUUUACAAUGUUUAAUCUUUAGAAACAGGUUCGAUUUUGUAUUUAGUAACAGUACACAGGAAUUAAUGUCUGUUAGAUUAACAUAUAAUAAUGUAUAAACUAAAUCGUAGAAUGUUUCUGAAUAGAUAGGUGGGUAGAGCUCGUCCAAAAGUCACAACAAACCUCCCCCAAUCUCCUCCGAAUUACCACCUCCCCUCUUUCCUCUUCUAAAAAAGACCAAGAAAUAAAAAAGUAAAAGCGACGAUCUCUGGCAUCCAACCGAUCGAUUCUCGAGGCUCGUCCAGAAAUCACAACCGAUCUCCACCGAAUUACUUCUUCCUUCUCCCCACGUUUGCCCUCUGAAAAGGACGAAAAAAUAAAAAAAAAAAAAAAAAGGAACCGCCACGAGUGACGCAGCUGCGGCACCCGAGCCUCCAAUUGAAAGCGUCGAGAGCUGGUCCCGCGUCGUAACACCCAAACAGCCCCGUUGACCGACAUCCCCCGAAAAGCACGUGACUGGUAUUCCGUCGCGUCAGGACAUCGGUAAAAUCGCGAUAUGGGGUCCAGCUGGGACGAGGGCCGAGAGGAUCUCCCCUAAUAUCGUGCGCUGGCGAGGAAUAGAGCGUUCGCGCGGGGCGCCGUGGCGUCGCGGCGACAGGCUUGGAGCCAAUGCGCUGUGAAAAUGCCCGGGUGGGAAAGGGUGGAUCGGGGGUGGCGCGCAAGCGUCGUCGCGGGUAUCGACGCCUCGGCUCCCGGGCAGGGAAAGAAGCGGAAUCGGACGGUAGUAGUAAAGCCCAGCUCGGGUCGGCCGAGCGCAAAUCCGCGCACUCGGCGGCGACAGUCGCGUCUCGUACGUGUUCGUCGAGUUCUCGUUCGCGUCGCCGUGAGAAAACGGCGUUACACUUCAGUCAGGAUCAUGUGCUCGCCGCGAGGACGUCCUGGGAACGGGGCUCGUGUCUCUCAGUGAACAUCCUUGGUUCAGUUCGGUUUAUGUGUGUGAUCCUCUCUCGGUUUCCACGCUGCUUCCGUCCCCGUAUCUCUGCCGCCCUCUGUCGCGAACCGGACCAGGGGGGUUAAAAGUGGCGCGAGCGGACCCAGAUAGGAGACUGGCGGCGUUCGAGGCGCUGGUGCAUGAGAUCAGGAUGAUAUCGAGGAGCGAUAUAGCUACAUCGAUCCGCCAUCGAUAUCCUCGAAGUUACGAGCUCGUUAUCGAAGCGUUCACGUAAGAUCACGGGGGAGUUUGUGGUCGGAAGAGGAACGACAGCCUCCGGCAGGACUGGUACCGAGAGGAUAGGCAAGUGAUCCAGGUGGCGAAGGCGAACCGGGUGCGAGCUACCAGGAGAGCCUAGCACCUGGCUGCUCGAGGUUCUUGACGUGGGGGGUGACGGGUAACAGCACCUAAGGGCGGGUGGGGGGAUGCAGCUCGAAAGGGUGGCGGCAUGGAGGAGCACUCGCUGGAGGCUCACAUGCAGGCGGGCCUCAUCUGCGUGGUCGGUGUCGCCAUCAUCUUCUCGAAUCUCCUCAUCAUCGUCACCUACCUUAAUUUCCGUGGUCCCUCCGAGGUGAUAAACUAUUACUUGCUGUCUCUCGCAUCGGCGGACCUUCUUUGCGGUCUGCUGGUGGUUCCGUUCUCGGUGUAUCCAGCGCUGGAACGAAGAUGGGUCUACGGGGACUUCCUGUGUCGUCUCGUUGGUUAUUUGGAGGUUACUCUCUGGGCGGUAUCCGUCUACACCUUCAUGUGGAUCUCCGUGGAUCGUUACUUGGCUGUCAGGAAACCGUUGCGAUACGAGACCGUGCAAACGAAGACCCGAUGCCAAUGCUGGAUGGUUUUCACGUGGAUCAGCGUGGCGAUGAUGUGCUGUCCGCCGUUGCUCGGUUUCCAAAAGCCCAUUUUCGAUCGGGAGGCGUUCAUCUGUAUGCUAGACUGGGGGAACAUGGCCGCCUACACCAUCACCCUGUCGAUCCUCGUGCUGGGCCCGUCGGUCAUCACCAUCGUCUACACUUACUGCUACAUCUUCACGAUGAUGAGGCGGCUGCGAUCUGGCGUGCUGAUUCACGAUAAAGAGUACGCGACUGCCCUCUCGGAGAACUUGAGCAAUCCGAGUCACAUCAUGUCUUUCGUCCUGGUGAUGACUUUCUGGGUGUCCUGGGCACCGUAUGCCGGUCUUCGGAUAUACGCUGUCGUUAACGGACCGCCUCAGGUACCGUUUAUGCAAUUCGCGGUGGUGUGGCUGGGGGUGACGAACAGUUUCUGGAAAGCGGUGGUCCUGGCAACCCUGAGCCCCCAGUUUCGGCUGGCGGUUCGCGUCCUCUGUCUGACGCUGUGCUGCCGGCAGAGACGACUUCCGCCGGAGCUGCUCGGCCUCGACGACGACGAUUAAAAGCCAAACGCCUACGAGAACAAGAGGGAGACGCUUUUCUUUGCGCGCGAGAGUUCUACACGCGCCCCGUUCCUAGAGCAUCGCUUUUUAUCGCGGUUUCGGGGUCGUUCUCGCCGCCGUUACUCUCGGAGUCUUCUUCGAGGGCUGAGACUGAGAUUCUUUGUUCCGAAACGCGCCACGACGCUUCCGUUUGGAUUCCGCGUUCGACGAACAGAGACUGGGCAAACAUUUUUAUCCAUGGUGACAAAUUUCUUGUCACCAAUGAAACGUUGUUACUCAUUAUUCGAUGCUACUCGUGGGAGAAAUUCUGUGCUGUAGUACUUAUCCGAAGAAGGAGACGUGGUUGGGACUUUUUCCACAGGGAAUCUUAAUGAGCAAUCUGCAAUAAGCGUGGGAAUUUUGUAGAACAGACCGGCGCGAAUUUUAAUUGAAAUGAAAUGGAGAUACAAUUAUUUAAAAUAAUUUAUUUUGAUGCAACUAUUUGAUAACAAAUAUAUUACCGAAUGAUUUGAAGCGAUUUUAAAUAUUUGCCUUAUUUGCUACUUCAUCUUCGUUGCUUUAAAAUUUGAAAUCUCGAAUACAAUUUUGAAGAACAAUUUCACAAUUAUCUCGCAUAAUUAUGAAAUGAAAUAAUAUGUUAUAUUACUUCAAAUAAUUCAAAAUAAUAUUUCAAAUAAUCAUUUUGAAAGUGCUCAGGUCUGUCUUAGAACAACUUAUAACUUCGACAAACGUCGCAGUUCCAAUUACGAUGUGUUAAUUGAAGUUCUGAUCGACUGUUUGAUGGAACAAGUCUCUCUAAACAGUGUUCUUCUUUGUCAUCGAUUAUUCCAAUGAAAUUUUACUCCAUCUCUGUCCGUCGGUGGCGAAAUUCAACGGAAGAAACGAUUAAAUGCUCAUCGUUGAACUACCUGGCUCAGAAGCCAUCUCUUCUAAUCGUGGCUUUCGGCGGUAGCCGAUUUUAGACGCUUCGUAUGUCUCGCUUCGAUAAGAAUUUUUUCGAGCCUCGGGAAACACGCGUUCCUAACCGAGGGAAGUCGAACUCGAGGCUGCUCGCUCGAGUACAAUAAGUGAAUUCUCCUGAUCAACGAGAAAUCGAACGCUAUAAUAUGAUAAUAAGAUCGAGACUUCAAAGACUAAAUUUUAACGAUCAUUCUUGAUUCUAUUUGCGUGAACCAAAAGGUACCACCGACUUUUCUUCCUUCCUCUGGUGCUCUCCCUCAAUGAAUGUCUGAAGCAAACAAAAGUAAUCAAGUUUUAUGUUGUAACAUUUUGUAGUACUUACAUUACACAAUUGUUCGGUGGUAUUUAGUACACAAUACGAAAGAGCAAUUCAAGAGUUGCAAAGUGGUACAUAUAAUACAAAACCUGAAGACUUUUAUUCGAUUCAAAUAUUCGUUGAAAAGGAACAUAGAGAGAAGGUAGUAAAAUUGGAAGCAUCUUUCGGUUAAUCCUAAUAUUUAGACGAGUUCAAUCGAUUCCAUCGAAUCCUUUCGCGCGUACUUGUCUGAUACCUGUGUCGCUGAAACAAAUGAAACGGAGUGAAAUACGAAACAGA